GCCCCCUUCCCAGCCCCACAGCCCAGCGGCCGCAGCAGAAGCAGCCCGCGCCUCCGCUGCCUCUGCCCGCACUUUCCGGCGGGGGCCACGAAAGAAGGGGGUCUCCGGCAGCGCCCCUCAGCCAGGUGAGCGCGGGGCGCCGACUGCAGGGAUCAGAGGACCCCCGAGAGGAGAUUCUCUGCCCGAAUUCGCUGCUAGGACUUGGCCUUCGAAGGCCGGGCAGUGUCUCAAGAAGCAGGAAGAACCCAAACUUCACUUUCAAAGCCGUGCCGUGCCCUUGGCUAUUCCUGGAGACUUUGGACAGAGACACUCCCGUGUGGACUCCUUGACCCGGGUACCUGAAUCCAAUCCUGAAAAGCUUUUCCAGCCCCCUCCGCUGGCAGCAGAGCCUCUGCCCCAUGGACCUGAAGACGGUGCCAGCCUCCCGCGAGCCGGGCUGGUAUCUGAAGCUGAUGGACCCCAAUGUCAAGGGCUCCUCCUACGCCUGGCUGGACCCCUCCCGUCUCUACUGCCACUCUCAGGCCUUGCUGGACUGCGUUGAAGAUUUGGUGCAAAGGUUUCGGGACGAUGCCAUCGACCUGGUGGUGGGGAUUGACGCCAUGGGGUUCAUCCUGGGUGCUGCCAUCGCCGUCACCCUCCAAAAAGGCUUCGUGACCAUCCGGAAAGCUGGCCAUCUCUGUGUCGAGACUCGCACCCAGACCUACCGGGACUACACAGGCUGUGAAAAAGUGAUGGAAACCCGCACAGACGCCAUCAGCCCAGGUGUCCGGGUCCUGCUGGUGGAUCAAUGGGUAGAGACAGGGGGCACCAUGCAGGGUGCCAUCCAGCUGGUGGAACGCCAAGGCGGUGUGGUGGCAGGUAUCGCUGCCAUUUGCAUCGAGGACAGUGACGGUGGCUCCUGGCUGAAAUCCCGCUACAAGUGGUCCCACUGCGUGCCCCCUCAGCUGAUGCCCCAGUUCAACGCUCACUGGCUGGAUUCCUUCCAAACUUCCCCGCCGAGCCUCCCCAGCCAGGAGCAGCCACAAGGCCACCCGAGCCACGUCUUUUAGCAAGCACACCCGGGGGCUGACAGCAACCCUGCUUAGCCUGGGCCCUCUGUGGCCCCCAGAGUCCCCCCCCUUCCACACACACAGAUUCACCCCUCCCCCCAGCAGCUUCUCUGGUCCAAGCUCAACAAAUAAACUUCCUACCAA